AUGGCUCCUCAACCCCCACCACCCCUCGAAGGGAAGAAACGACGCAUCGCCAUCAUGACCAGUGGAGGUGAUUCUCCUGGUAUGAAUGGUGUUGUGCGAGCUUGCGUUCGAAUGGCAAUUUACAAAGGAUGUGAACCAUAUUGUAUCUAUGAAGGAUAUGAAGGUUUAGUCCAAGGAGGAAAAUUGAUACAAAAGAUGGGCUGGGAAGAUGUUCGUGGAUGGCAAUCAGAAGGAGGUACUCUUAUUGGUACUGCCAGAUGUAUGGCUUUCUACGAACGACCUGGCAGAUUACAAGCUGCAAAAAAUAUGGUGUUGAAUGGUAUCGAUGCUCUCAUCAUCUGUGGUGGAGAUGGUUCCUUAACUGGAGCGGACAAAUUCAGAGCGGAGUGGCCCGGCUUGAUCAAGGAAUUGAUUGAGAAGAAGGAGUUAUCUGAAGAACAAGUUGCUCCAUUCAAACACCUCAAUAUCGUUGGAUUGGUUGGUUCAAUUGAUAAUGACAUGUCCGGUACCGAUGCUACAAUUGGUUGCUUUUCAGCUCUUGGCAAAAUUUGUGAGAUGGUGGAUUACAUUGAACAAACCGCUUCAUCACAUUCAAGAGCUUUCGUUAUUGAAGUUAUGGGUAGACAUUGUGGUUGGUUGGCCUUGAUGGCAGGUGUUGCUACUGGUGCAGAUUUCGUUUUCAUCCCAGAAAAGCCAAGAGCAGAUAACUGGAAAGAAGAGAUGUGUAAGAUCAUUCAAAAGCAUAGACAAUUGGGAAAGAGAAAGACAAUUGUUAUUGUUGCUGAAGGUGCUCAUGAUCAGGGAGGGAAUAAAAUCUCUCCCGACAUGAUCAAAGAUCUUCUCGCAGAUAAGAACGGACUUGCUCUCGAUACUCGUAUCUCUACAUUAGGUCAUGUUCAACGUGGUGGUUCUGCAUGUGCUUAUGAUCGAUACCUUUCUACUUUACAAGGUAUUGAGGCAGUAAAUGCUGUUCUUGAAGCUACACCAGAAACAGUAACUCCAUUCAUCGCCAUUAACGAGAACAAAAUUACGAGAAAACCACUUGUUCAAUCGGUUAUUGAUACUCAAGAAGUAGCAAAAGCUAUUGAAGCGAGAGAUUUUGAUAGAGCUAUGGCAUUGAGAGAUGCAGAAUUCUCCGAUUUCCAUGAUUCUUACAUGACUACCACAGCUACUGAUCUUAAUAAUGACAUGCGUCUCCCUGAUAAGAAGCACAUGAGAAUUGCUAUCGUACAUGUUGGAGCUCCAGCUGGUGGUGUUAAUGCUGCUACACGUGCAGCGGUUGCUUACUGCUUAACUCGUGGACAUACACCAAUUGCUAUUCACAACGGAUUCGCUGGAUUCGCUCGUCAUCAUCAAGAUAAUCCAGGAUCCGUUAGGGAAUUUGAUUGGUUAGAAGUUGAUGGAUGGGCUAGUAAGGGUGGUUCAGAAAUUGGUAUGAAUCGUGAACUUCCAUCAGAAUCUGGAAUGCCAUUGAUCGCAUCACUUUUUGAAAAAUUCAAGAUUGAUGGUCUUCUCAUCAUUGGAGGUUUCGAAGGUUUCCACGCAUUAUCCGAACUUCGUCAAGCAAGAGAAAAAUACUCUUCUCUUUGCAUCCCCAUGACUUUACUUCCAGCAACUAUUUCCAACAACGUUCCAGGAACAGAAUACUCAAUUGGUACUGAUACUUGUUUGAAUGAACUUGUUCGUUAUUGCGAUACCAUCAAACAAUCAGCUUCAGCUUCUCGUCGUCGUGUUUUUGUUAUUGAAACUCAAGGUGGUCGAUGUGGUUACGUCGCUACAAUGGCUGGUCUUGCUGUUGGUGCAUCAGCUGUUUAUACUCCUGAAGAAGGUGUUAGUAUUGCUAUGCUCUCAGCAGAUAUCGCACAUCUUAGAGAAGUUUUCGAACAAGACAGAGGUCAAACAAGAGCUGGUCGUCUAAUUCUCAUCAACGAAAAGGCAUCAAAGGUUUAUCACGCUAAACUCAUUGCUGACAUGAUCCGCGAAGAAGCCGGUGAGCGUUUUGAAUCCAGAGAUAGCAUCCCAGGUCACGUUCAACAAGGUGGUACUCCAUCCCCAAUGGAUCGUACCCGAGCUGUUCGCUUAGCUAUCAAAUGUAUUGAACAUCUCGAAAAAUACGAAGCUAAAACAGACAAAGAAAUUAUCGCGGAUAAACAAAGUUCUACGGUUAUUGGUAUUAAGGGUGCACAAGUAGUCUUCUCUAAUAUGGCUGACGUAGAGGAGAAUGAAACGGAUUGGCCUAAUCGAAGACCAAAGGAUGAAUUUUGGUCUGGAGUUAAGGGAGCAGUGGACAUUCUUGCUGGUAGACCUGAUGUACCAAGACCGGUAAGAAGGUUGGUAGGUUGGAAAGCGAAGGAUGUUAAGAGAGGUUUGAUGUGA